GUCCGACUCGAGCCUGGCAUCCCGAAGCUGUUGGUGAAGAUUAACCCGACAGAUGCCGAGUCCUUCCAUGCCAAGAACCUCGGAGAGGUGAUUCUCCGCAAAGGCGUCACAAGCCGCAGCCAGGUUGCAGUGCUUCACAUGAGCCGGGGGACUGCCGCUGGGGAGGUCUUGAUGUCGGUGAAGCUUGCAGACCUUCUCGAUUUAGAGGAUGGACAGGGAGUAGAAGUGGCUGCGGCGGCCGUUCCCACAGCUCCUACAUCUUUGAACUCAGCGGCGUCGCGUGGGCGUGUCCCGACUGUGGCAGCUGUCAAUGCACCGCGCCAGGAGUGCACCUGGGAGCGAACUCACAACCACGGCCUGAGCCCUGAGUUUGGCCACUUGAAUGGCUUCGGUGGCUCCGGGCGAGGAGUCGAUCCUGGAGGAAGUUUCGAAAAGCGCCAUAGCCCGGAAAAGGGCACUGCGACCCUGUUCGACAACCGAGCAUCGCAGGAUAACGGCCGAAAAAACACUUUACGUUCCGUGCACUCUGCACGCGGCGUCCGCGAGCGAAAUAGCUUGCCGACCCGGGCAAAUGUAAACCCAAUUGGUGUGGAGAAGCCCAAGGAUGAUGGAUACAUUCGGACUGGUUUGGAUCGUCGUCCAGGUUUCAUGACGCACCCGGAGGCUGCACAGGAUGCAGACAGAGCACAAGUGCCUGGCAGAAUUCAGGCUUCGUCCUCACGAGGACGCCCUGGAGCCGUGCGACAGGGCGAGUCGUGCCGGGGAGCUGCACAGCGUCCGAGCUCUGGGUUCGGAUUCUUGGAAUGCUUUGGACGGGGAGCGGACUGCACAGACCACAGAGGGGCUGCUGAGGAACAUCAGGCUUUCUAUUCCUCCUCGGUUUUCGACACCUAUCCGACACAGGAGGCUGGCCGCAGCACUGGCAGCAGCAUGCGGUCUGUGCACACUGCUCUCGGCCUGCAGCGAAACAACUUGCCGAGCCGAGCGCCAGCUGCAUCCCUUGCCGGGAAGGCGCUGUGA